UCCACUUAAUAAGAUCAAAAAAUUGAAAUUCUAAAAUCAGUUUCUGCGGUUCCAGGGUUAAGCAAACGGUCAGCUCAACAGUUGCUUUAAUGGCAUUCAAGAAUGGGGAUAAACCAGAGAUACCCAUCUCCAAAUUUGGCUCCUUCUACCCUCAAACCCAAUAGACCUGAGAGAGAGAGAGAGGGAGGGAGAGAAAGAAGAAGGGCGGGGUUGGGUGGCUUUAGUGGUAUCCAAUCCUGACUUCUUCCUCUAAUGGAGCCCAAAUUUCUUCGACUCAUCUGUCACCAGUCCUUAUUCUCCGCCGUACGAUCUGGUAAUAUCGAUUACCUAAAGCUCAUCCUUGAAAGAGGAUCCAAUGGGGGUGAAGGAGAUGAUAGAGCUUCAAUCCCUGCCUUAAUGGCUUUGGGAAAUGACGCCGGUCAGACGCCUCUGUACAUCGCUGCUGAAAAUAAUCUAGAAGAUGUCUUCAAGUACUUGGUGAACUUCUGUGACCUUCAGACCGUGAUGAUCAGAUCCAAGUUCGAUAUGGAUGCAUUUCAUGUCGCUGCUUCGCGCGGGAACUUGGGGGUCGUGAACGAGUUUUUGAGCAGGUGGCCUGAGCUUUGUAAAUCAUGUGAUGCCACAAACACAAGCCCUCUUUAUUCAGCUGCUCGAAAGGACCACUUGGAGGUGGUGAAUGCCAUAUUAGAUGCUGAUGAAAGCACAAUGAGGAUUGUGAGAAAAAAUGGGAAAACUGUGCUGCACAAUGUUGUUAGGUAUGGCCUUGAUCGAAUAGUAAGAGCUCUUAUAGACAGAGAUCCAGAAAUUGUUUCUAUUAAAGACAAGAAGGGCCAGACUGCACUUCACAUGGCUGUUAAAGGUCAGAAUCCUUAUAUAGUAGAGGAAAUAUUAUCUGCUGAUCUUUCAAUACUUAAUGCACGCGAUAAGAAGGGAAAUACAGCUCUGCAUGUAGCCACAAGGAAAUGCCGUCCACAGAUAGUGAUCCUUCUACUGGAAUAUGCUUCUGUAGAGGUCAAUGCUAUUAAUUGUCAGAAUGAAACUGUGAUGGACUUGGCAGAGAAACUCCGGUAUGGAGAACCUGCAUUGGAAAUUGUAGAAGCUCUAACAGAAGCUGGCGCAAAACUUGCUAGGCACGUAGGCCAAGUGGAUGAGACCAUGGAGCUGAAAAGAACUGUUAGUCAUAUAAAGCAUGAAGUACAAUCACAACUAGUACAGAAUGCAAAGACUGACAGAAGAGUGUCUGGGAUUAAGAAAGAGCUGAGGAAACUGCACAGAGAAGCUGUCCAGAACACCACCAAUUCUGUGACAGUCGUUGCUGUUUUGUUUGCCUCCAUUGCUUUCAUGGCUAUAUUUAACUUACCUGGUCAAUAUUUUCGGGAUGGAACAGAUGUUGGGGAAGCUCAAAUAGCUAAUUAUGUUGGGUUUCGUGUGUUCUGCCUUUUGAAUGCUACAUCUCUGUUCAUUUCUCUGGCUGUUGUUGUGGUUCAGAUCAGUUUGAUUGCCUGGGAUACCAGAGCUCAGAAACAGGUGGUUUCGGUAGUGAACAAACUAAUGUGGGCAGCCUGCAUUAGCACAUGUGGGUCUUUUCUCUCACUAGCUUUCGUGGUAGUGGGAAAACACAGCUCUUGGAUGGCUAUUACUAUAACAGUUCUGGGUACACCCAUCCUUGUUGGGACUCUUGCUAGCAUGUGUUACUUUGUUUUCCGUCAACAUUUUAGAAUAUCUGGUGAUGAUUCUCAGAGACGAAUAAGAAGGUCUGGUGGUAGCAAAUCCUUUUCAUGGUCUCGACACUCUGGCUUUUCAGAUCCAGAUGCUUAUGACUCAGAGAAGAUCUACGCUUUGUAACCUAGUAUUCAAAAGUAUAAAGCAUGUAAGAGACUGGUUUAAGUUGUAAAUAUAGCUAGUUUUGGAAGUUCCAGUAGCUGUAGCUUUAAAGCUACUACUUUGAGUCCACCAUCAGAGAAUGCAGUUUUGGUUAUAUAGAUAUAUAUGCAAGAGGAUUCUUUCUUUAAUGUGGAAGGGUUCCAUUUAUGUAUAUAUACAGGAACAUUAUGUGAAUUUAUGUAUAUGCAAGGAACAAGUUUAGAUUA